CGUGCGCGUUCCCUCAGGGCGCCGAGCUGCUGGCGCCGUCUGUCUGACGUCACGGUCACUGACAGCGUGAGCCCGCGGCGGCUGCUGCCAUGGUGGCUGGCGGCCGGGUAAGGUUCUGAGUGGAUCUCCUGCCAGGCCAGAGCGCCUUCCUGGGCCGCAGGGGAAGACCGGGAGUUUGCAGCCAGUGCGGCGGGUUUGUGGUCUGCAGUGUUGUGAGGUUGAGGUGCAGCAUGUCUAGACUGGGAGCCCUGGGUGGUGCCCGUGCCGGGCUGGGACUGUUGCUGGGUACCGCCGCCGGCCUUGGAUUCCUGUGCCUCCUUUACAGCCAGCGAUGGAAACGGACCCAGCGCCAUGGCCGCAGCCAGAGCCUUCCCAACUCCCUGGACUAUACGCAGACUUCAGAGACCGGACGCCAGGUGAUGCUCUUGCGGGCUGUCCCAGGUGGGGCUGGAGAUGCAGUGCUACCCAGCCUUCCACGGGAAGGACAGGAGAAGGUGUUGGACCGCCUCGACUUUGUGCUGACCAGCCUUGUGGCACUGCGGCGAGAGGUGGAGGAGCUGAGGAGCAGCCUGCGAGGACUUGCCGGGGAGAUUGUUGGGGAGGUCCGAUCCCACAUGGAUGAGAACCAGAGAGUGACUCGGCGCCGAAGGUUUCCGUUUGUCCGGGAGAGGAGUGACUCCACUGGCUCCAGCUCUGUCUACUUCACAGCCUCCUCGGGAGCCACAUUCACAGAUGCUGAGAGUGAAGGGGGUUAUACAACAGCCAAUGCGGAGUCUGACAAUGAGCGGGACUCUGACAAAGAAAGUGAGGACGGGGAAGAUGAAGUGAGCUGCGAGACUGUGAAGAUGGGAAGAAAGGAUUCUCUGGACCUGGAGGAGGAGGCAGCUUCGGGUGUUGUGCCCAGUGUCCUGGAGGCUGGAGGUUCCUCAGGCUUGGAGGAUGUGCUGCCUCUCCUGCAGCAGGCCGACGAGCUGCACAGGGGUGAUGAGCAAGGCAAGCGGGAGGGCUUCCAGCUGCUGCUCAACAACAAGCUGGCGUAUGGAAGCCGGCAGGACUUUCUCUGGCGCCUGGCCCGAGCCUACAGUGACAUGUGUGAGCUCACUGAGGAGGUGAGCGAGAAGAAGUCAUAUGCCCUAGAUGGAAAAGAAGAAGCAGAGGCUGCUCUGGAGAAGGGGGAUGAGAGUGCUGACUGUCACCUGUGGUAUGCGGUGCUUUGUGGUCAGCUGGCUGAGCAUGAGAGCAUCCAGAGGCGCAUCCAGAGUGGCUUUAGCUUUAAGGAGCAUGUGGACAAAGCCAUUGCUCUCCAGCCAGAAAACCCCAUGGCUCACUUUCUUCUUGGCAGGUGGUGCUAUCAGGUCUCUCAUCUGAGCUGGUUAGAAAAAAAAACUGCUACAGCCUUGCUUGAAAGCCCUCUCAGUGCCACUGUGGAAGAUGCCCUCCAGAGCUUCCUAAAGGCUGAAGAACUACAGCCAGGAUUUUCCAAAGCAGGAAGGGUAUAUAUUUCCAAGUGCUAUAGAGAACUAGGGAAAAACUCUGAAGCUAGGUGGUGGAUGAAGUUAGCCCUGGAGCUGCCAGAUGUCACGAAGGAGGAUUUGGCUCUCCAGAAGGAACUGGAAGAAUUGGAAGUCACUUUAGGAGACUAACCACAUUUCACUGGCCUUCAUGACUUGAUGCUACUAUUUAAGAGGGGGGAAAAAAAGACUUUUUUCCUUAGAACUUGCUGAGAUCAGGAAACCACACAAAUCUGACUCCUGGGUCUGACUGCUACCUAGUACCAUUCCCCAUUAGUUAAUUUAUUCUAACCUCUAACCUAAUCUAGAAUUGGGGCAGUACUCGUGGCUUGGGUUUCUGUUAUUCUCUCCCUUGAGUAAUCUCUUGAAAAAAAUCAAGAUUCACACCUGCCCCAGGAUUACACAUGGGUGGAGCCUGCUAGACCUUCCGAUUGCUGGUGACGUGGAUAAACUUCAAAGCUAUAGGAACAAAGCACAGAACUUGUCACUUUAAUCUUUUUCACUGACUAAUAGGCCUCAAUACAUAGUCCUAAGAUCAUACCUUACCUACCAAGGUAAAAGGGAUCACAGUAGCCCAUAGGCAUUGCUUUCUUAUCACCUAUCAUGUGAAUUCUACCUGUAUUCCUGGGCUGGACCACUUGAUGACUUCCAGAGUCCUGUCAGCUUUUGGAAUGACAGCAGUGGUAUAGGGUUUAUGAUGCUAUAAAACAAUGUCUGAAAAGCUGCCUAGAAUAUAUUUUGUUACAGACUUGAAAUAAACCAAAUUUGAUGUUA